CUCGAUCGUUUCAUCCAUGCUGUGGAAACCAUAGCUGUUCCUUAACACCGAAGAGAAUUUUAAGUGGAGAACUCACUUACACGUUAGUAAAUAUGUUUAAACUAGAAGGACUUGGACCUAAAAUGGAUCCAGAGGAGCUGAAGAAGAAAAUGCGCCAAGACGUAAUCUCAUCUUUGAGAAACUUUCUUAUUUACGUCGCCCUUCUCAGAGCCACUCCAUAUGUGUUAAAGAAGCUGGACAGCAUAUGAGUGAAGCAGUGGGUUUUUACUCUGUCCUCCAUUUAAUGAGCGAUGACCACAUCAGAGAUGAAUGCAGACCAUCAUUACGAGCAGACAGAUUGGGCCACUGAAGAUGACAUCAGCCAGUACCUGCCCAUUGCCGAAGAGAAACAUAUUCAUACCCCAUGUGUCAUUCCUUGCUGUCAACACUAGUCUGCCUCUAUUCUGUUAUGUUGUUGUUGUUUUUUUUGUUACUAAAUUAUGAACAUUGUCUCGCGCUGAGCCUGAAAACGUGCAGGAUUGUUGUAUAAUGCAAUAAAAACAUACCCGGAGUUGGCAUUUUACUGUAAUUCUUUCAAAUGUGAAAGGUCUUUUUCAAAUCAGUUCAAUUCAUUGCUGUUGUCUGAAGAGUCCCCAAAUAAAUCAUAAUCAUUUAAUAUUAGCACAAUUUCGCAUUAGCAAAGUCAGUGGCAAAUUUUAAAGAUGCUUUUGAAAACAAAACUCCCUGCCAGAAGCUCACAUGACCUACUAUGUUAAACUGCCAUUAGAUUAAAUUACAGAACCAAUUCAUUGUAGUUUAAUUCAUAUUUGCUUAAAAUGAAGAAGGGUCACAUUUUUAAUGACAUUGAUAUUGGCCAUCUAGAUGGAUUCAGAAAUAACUUUUCACCUUAACCCUUAACAGGGGUUACAUAUAAGUAACCCUGCAGGUUUUACUUUUCUUUCAUUCAGUAAUGGCAGCGUUUGACUACACGAUGUACAUUUGUUGACAGCGCAGUCUACAUAUUUAAGUCUAACAAAGUGAUAAUUUAUAUGUACUUUUAUCAAAUUAAACUAAUCUAUUUUAUAACAACUGCUCUUGGCAACUAGAAAAACACUGUGAAUUCAAGUUCAGCGGAGUUGCACUUUUCAAUUAUUACCACUUGGGGGUGCUGCUUCCGUGUAAGGAUUAUUAUUACUCGGAGUGUAGGCGCUGCCGACAAAAAAAAGCUAAACGUAGCAUCGGUCUUGCGACAGCCUUGUGGUCCUUUUUAAUGGGAAAAGUGGGAAAAUAAAUUUCGGUUUCUCAUUUUGAGCCGCAUACGUGACAUAAAGGCAGCGAGCUAUUUGUGGAGACAAAGCCCGCGUCUGAGUCGCAUCUGCCGCUGUCAUUGUUGGACUCGGCCCGCCCAUACUCCGGAUCUUCUCCAAUGAUGAAGACAAAGAUCACAGCAGAGAAACAACACCAGUGAAGACUCCAGGAUUAAAUGACCCCAGAUCAUCAUGGACUUCCCUGACCACUUUCAGCACAUUUUUAAACAGCUGAACCACCAGCGUCUCCAUGCUCAACUCUGUGAUUGUGUGGUUGUGGUUGGAGGUCAGAGCUUCCAGGCUCACCGCUCCAUCCUGGCAGCAUGUAGCUCUCACUUCAGGGCCCUGCUCUGCUCCACUGACAGCUCAGAUGAGGUUGGAGGAGUGAGAGCCGAGAGAAAUGAGGGUGGCAACUCCAAUGUGGUGGAACUAGACGCAGAGGUGGUGACCCCAGAGGCUUUCUCCACCCUCCUGGACAUGAUCUACACAUCCACUCUCUCACUGGGGUCCUCCAAUGUGAUGGAUGUGUUACUGGCAGCAUCGCACUUGCAUUUGAACACCGUGGUGAAGACAUGCAAACUCCAUUUGUCCAGGAAAAACUUCCCUUCCUCACCACCUAAGGGGUGGAGGUCAGUGCAACAGCAGAAGUGUCCCCCACUUCAACAGGUGUCGUCCGCGUCAGAUGAUGCAGAGGAUGUAGACGAGGAUCCUGUGGUGGUGGUGGUGGAGGUGAGCCAGUCUGGAAGAUCAGCAUCAUCCUCGAGGUAUAAAAGAAAGUCCAAUGAUGACAGGCCUGGGUGCUGGAAGAGAAGCUGCACGUUACCUGAGGAGAACUACAAGGAGUGUUCACCUACUGUGUCCAGCAGAAGCAUCAUCAACACAGAGGACGGAGAAGAUCUACUGUCUCCAGACUGCCUUAAGAUGACGGAUCAACCUUCAGAGAAUCAAAGUGACACAGGUGAGGAGAAAUACAGAGCAUUCAAGGGAGAGUCGGAGGAGAUUCAGCUUCCAAGUCAGUCAGACAGUGGCGCAGGAGGUGCGGACGUGUGGAAGAAGCAUGGAGAAACUGAAGGAGAUGCGGUGAUAAAAAUAAAUAUAGGAGAAAAAGAGGAGGAAGAUGAGACAAAGAUGGCAGUGAUUGAGAUUAAAAAAGAAAACCUGUGCUCAUAUUCCCCUGAUCUAGAGUCUUUUCCGUCUCCAUUACAAGUCUACACAGAUAAUUUAAACGCACACGUGAAUGAUGAGAAAAUGGCCGUUGUGGCCCAGGCGACAGAGGCUGGCGUCAGCUCUUUACAAACUCCACUGUGUUCAGAUCUCCAGAGUAGUGCACAAAGAGAGGCGGGAGAUUUAGUUGGUGACAGUGAAGGUCUGGACAGCCUGUCAGAGCUAACCUUCUCAUGCUUCCUCAAUCCCAAUACUGACAGUGUAAUGGGAGCUCUGGAGGAAGAAGAAAGCCUCAUAAGUCUCACAGCUACUGCUACCACCGACACCAGUGAUGCAGCUACAGCUGAAAAUGACAUGGAUCAAUGUCAAAACUCAGACCACACUCUCAACAACUCUCCAGCUCAGACUUCUGAUUCCUCUUCCUCCUCCCUGAUUUUCCCGGUGUCUUCUGUCCCACUGCAGCAGUUUCUCCCUCCACAGAAUCCCAGUUUUAGUGACACGCUCAUCCUACAGCCCACUCAGAACUCAUUAGCAGGGUUUCUAAGCAACAUCAGUUCAGGCCUCAGUCUGGAGGCAUCGCUCAUCCCAUCUGCUAAAGCUGGGAAAAGUUCUGGGGCAACAACGUUUCGUCGCAUUGCCCCCAAAGUGGCACCUGGUACCGAUCCUUCCUCUGCUUCAGCCGGCGACGCUGCAGGUCGACCGUCUCUAACCAGAGCCUCCAGAGCCUCAGAGGACGUCCUGUCCAAGUGUAAGAAAGCAGCUGCUGAGGACCACGUGUUGUUGGUGGAAGGGGAGAAGAAAUAUGCCUGCAAUAUCUGCUGUAAGACAUUUAUGAACCUGACCGACUGUAAGAAGCAUAUCAGAGUGCACACAGGAGAAAAACCCUAUCCCUGUCCAAAGUGUGGAAAACGCUUCAGCCAGUCCUCCCAUCUUUACAAGCACUCCAAGAAUAGCUGUCUCAACUGGAAGGAUGACCAGUCAUUACCUGAGCCUCUGCUCUGAGGCAAACAUUUUUAAACAUUUUUUAUUUAUGUCUAAGAUAAUCAACAUCACUACUGUCAUUGUGGUUAUUUAUUAUUACUUUUCUAUUUACCUUGUAUUUUUAAAGCACAAAAAUAAUGAAUUAACUGGAAACUCUGCACUGAAUUAACUUAACAAUUGCUUGUUUUGUUUUUAGGUUUCAAUAAAUCAUAAGUCUUUUGGACUUUCAUUACACUUUAUUCUAUUACAUGCAAAACAAAUCCUGUAUUAUUUUUUGUAUUGUUUUCAUAAACCAAUAAAAUGUUGCCAAAUCGACAAAAACUUUCUGAAAAUAAUAAUUUCAAGUAAACAA